AUGAAUAGGGAGCUGGUCCACUUGACUCAACCGCUCUCAGAUGAGGUAGACCACUGCCUGCAAGCUCAAUGGAGCGAGAAUUCCGAAUGGCACACUGUCUCAACCCACGACACUGUCUUGGCCUUGGUCCCUCAGAUGACCAAGCGAGCAUUUGUCGGAGCCGAGCUCUGUCGUAACGCUGAAUGGCUCGAUAUUGCGAUUAGUUUUACGAUUAAUCGUGCUAUUGCCGUCCAAGCAAUCCAGGCUUGGCCCUGGAUCCUGCAGCCUGUUGGUGUUCGUCGCCAGAUUCAGCGAGCUCGAGACAUCUUGAUGCCAGUUCUAGAGCGCGAGAGGCAGGUUAUGCACAGCAAAGAUAUGUCCACCGAUCGGGUAUUCUCGACAUUAACUUUCAUUGAUCAGUAUGCCAACGGGUCUCGGUAUGACGCCACCAUGGCCCAGCUGAGACUGACCGCUGUGUCCGUCCUGACCACUUCGGACAUGGUAGAGAAAGUGCUAGCAAGAAUUUGCGAAUAUCCAGAGUUGAUCCAGCCGCUCCGUGAAGAGGCAAUCUUGGCCGUUGAAAGUGGCGGCUUGCAUCACAAGUCCCUGCUCAAACUGACACUAAUGGAGAGUGUGAUGAAAGAAAGUCAGCGGCUUGAGCCUGCCACACUCAUAUCCAUGUUCCGAGUGGCCAAAAGGACAGUCAUAUUGCAAGAUGGCACAACUAUCCCUAAGGGUACCAGCGUUGCCUUUGCCAAUGACCUUCGGCUAGACCCCGUAAUGUAUCCGGAUCCUGAAAAGUUUGACGAUUAUCGAUUCGAAGAAAUGAGGAAAGAUCCAGAGCAGGCAAGCUUGCCCCAUUCACCAAGACAAGAACAAGCCAUUUGGCUUUCGGUCAUGGGAAACACGCUUGUCCUGUACGACUUGAAAGCACUAGAUGGACGUGUCCCGGAUCUGCACAUUCGGGGAAUGUUUAUCCAGAGGGAUACAGGAGGGAUGCUCUCGGUGAGAAGACGACAGGAGGAAGUCACGCUGUGA